UCCAAUCCACGAAUGAAACGUCAUCACUUCCCAGUUGGCUGUUCUUCGUCAUAUCAUUCUCUGAGAUUGUUUGCUAUAGAGUGAAAGUUAAUUAUCUCAUGACAUGUAGCUGAACCUUUUGGAGUCGUUUUGGAAAAUGGAAAAACAUUAUCUGUUUUGAAGUAGGGUAACCUUUGUAGUUUGCUUACAUGCACCGACAUCGCUAGAAGGGCGUUCUUCUUUUGAGGCGAGGUAAGAUGGAGGAUGCCUACACUGCUCUCUACCAAGAGUUCCUGCGGCUUCGCUCCAUCUGUCUCAGACAGGCAACGAUGCUCCAGCAUCUCACAGAAGGCCUGAAGAUUCAGCAAGGGUCCUUGCCUCUGUUCUCAGGAUCUAAUGGGGACUCCGAGAACCUGGUGUCGGGGCCGGUCCAGUGCCCACAGAAUGAUCUGAUUAACUUCUUCUCAGACACCCAUGGACUGAUGGUCCACAGACAGGCUCCAGAUCAAUCUGCUGAAAUGAACACAACCCAUGGUGAUGGUGUGACCACUGACUUGCUGGCCACAGGAGUGGACCUGCUACAGCUGACACAUCCCCAACCACAAGCUCUGAUGGGGGCCAAUGCUGUGUCUGACCCUGAGGGGUCCCUGAAUCCUCAUGGGUUUAAUCCUCCGAAAAUGCCUCCUAGUAUCAUUGAUGACUUAAAACGGGCAGAGCAGCAAUGGGCUGAAAACAACAUUCCCAGAGAGCGGAGGCCGUGGUCGUCCAGCUCAUUUCUGGACAGCGAGUGGUUGAGCCUGACCGGGGGACGUGCAAUGUCGAGGGUGACGCUGCAGUCUCAGGUGUGUGAGUUCUGCCAGGCCGUGUUUCCCGGACACACCACCACACGUGGGGAGUUCCUGCGUCACCUGACCUCCCACAUCACCUGAGGAACAGGUGUUUUUCAUUUCACCGCAUUGUAGAUACUUGUAACAUAACUGCAACUUGCACUCCUGCCCUUAAGUGCAUUUUGAAGUGUACAUUUUCAUGGCCUUGUAGAGGAGUUAACAAUAUGACAAUGGUGUGAGUACUCAAGGGGUUGGAAGCAUUAAAGAAGAUUUCCGACUGUAGUGCACCCGUCUACAUUGUCAUAAAACAUUGCACUUCAAGGUGCACGGAAGAAUUUAAGGAUGCAAGUAAGAGUGAUGUGAUUGGUCCAUUCAUCUCUGUGUUGUCUUCAGAACUAGGCUUCCUUACUGCUGUGUAACCACUAGAGGGCGUGACACACGUAGGAAAAAAGCCCACUUUAGCUGACUUCCGUGUUUUGCUUUAAUGCUGCUUGCCUUUCAGUGAUCAUUACCCAAGUUACAAAAUAAUAAUUUAUUAAUGGUUUAUGCUAUUUUCUGUUACUGACACAAUUCUGUACCAUUUUUACUGUAGUUUUAUUGUAAUAUAUGAUUUUAAUUGUGAUUACAUAAGUCCUUAUAAUAAACUAUUGUCAAUUA